AUGGGGGAGUCAGAGAUGUACAAUAGUAGGGGGCGAAUACUUCUCGAGUUGUUAGGACUUGGUCAGGCGGCGGUUGUUGAGCGUGCACAGUUGUCCAUAUGUGGCGGUGAAGCGGUCAGUGGCAUGGAUGCAGCGAAAGAGGGGGCGGAUGCAGUGUGCAGGGCAGGUGAGGAGGAAGUGGUGUAUAGAUUCGGGGUGAUUGUGGCAGGCCGGGCAGGUCUUGGUGGCAAAGCGGUUGAUGCGGAACAGAUGCAUGUUGAGGGGAGCAUGGCCCAUCUGGAGCUGGAUGAGGAGGCUAGCAUGAUGGCGGGGGAGGGCUGUAACAAGUCUCUCAAACUUGGGGGAAGGGAGCGAUGGGUCUAUACGGGCAAACACAUGGCCACGUGCUGA